AUGGAGCCGUUAACGACGUGGCCUGAGCGCGGCCGGAGGCUGGCUGGUUCCAACGUGCGCGUUGGGCCUGCCGGAGAGGGGCUCCCGCGCUGCGGCGUCGGCGCAUCGCUCGUUAGCCGACCACCGGCUCAUUUACAUUCAAUAAUCGGUGCAAUGGAAAUCUCGGCGGCCCAGCUCCGCGAGGAAUGUGGGCCGCGGCCAAUGGCGGACCGCCUGAGCGUGCGCCGCCUUCGUCGGCCACGCCCAGGCCUCCUGCAGCCCCCACUCGCCGCUCUAAGCAGCUCGCCUAGUCGGCUGCUGCCCGCAAGAACCCACCAGAGCCGGUCGCGCAACUUCCACCUCCGAGCGCCGCCGCAGUCUGCAUCUAAUCAAGUUUAUGGGCAUAAUAAUGAGACGCCCGUUUCUUGUCAGCGUCAUCCAAAGCGACAUACAUGUAGUAUCGGGUUAUUG